AUGCGGGCUAAGAUGUCUGAAUUCUUGGACACCAUCCAGGCAACCAAAGCUGCAGAUACAAACCCUGACGGUGGAGCUAAGGAAAGAUAUCCAGGAUAUUGGAACCCGUACCUCACAUUUGGAAAUAACCUGGUGGACAAACUGAGUGAAAUGGAUAACAUGCUGGAAACGCAUAAGCUUAAAAUCACAGAUAUGGAGGAUAGGUCUAGGAGGAAUAACCUCCGCUUCCAAGGGAUGCCUGAAACAAUUACAAAUGCUGAGCUGAAUGAUUACCUUCAGGACUUAUUUCUCCAGAAGUACACCCGGACCAACUGUUCACAGAUAGAGCACAACGCCUCUGAAGGCUGA